UGGAGCGGCCUCGCCUUCCCGGCGUGCAGCGCGGCGCCCGUCCCCGCCGGGCCGCCAUGUUGUCGGAGUGAAAGGCAGGGGGAGAGGCAGGCGGCGAGCGGCCUGGGGGGGCCGAGAUCCGUCUUCAUCCUACCGCUCCGCCCGUGCUGGUGGAAUGAGCGUUGCGUGUGUUUUGAAGAGAAAAGCAGUACUGUGGCAGGACUCAUUCAGCCCCCACCUGAAGCAGCACACUCAAGAUACAGCUAAUCCCAACAUGCCUGUUGUACUGACAUCUGGAACAGGGUCCCAGGCUCAGCCACAGCCAGCUGCAAAUCAGGCCCUUGCAGCAGGGACACACUCCAGUCCUGUUCCGGGAUCAAUUGGAGUUGCUGGUCGCUCCCAGGACGACGCCAUGGUGGAUUACUUCUUCCAGAGGCAGCAUGGUGAGCAGCUUGGGGGAGGAGGAAGUGGUGGAGGCGGCUAUAAUAACAGCAAACAUCGCUGGCCUACUGGGGAUAACAUUCAUGCAGAACAUCAGGUACGUUCCAUGGAUGAACUGAAUCAUGAUUUUCAAGCGCUUGCUCUGGAAGGACGGGCUAUGGGAGAGCAGCUGUUGCCGGGUAAAAAGUUUUGGGAAUCUGAUGAUUCCAGCAAAGAUGGACCAAAAGGGAUAUUUCUGGGAGAUCAGUGGAGAGACAGUGCUUGGGGAACAUCAGAUCACUCUGUUUCCCAACCAAUUAUGGUGCAGAGAAGACCUGGUCAGGGGUUUCAUGUGAAUAGUGAAGUCAACUCAGUGCUUUCACCACGGUCAGAGAGUGGAGGACUUGGAGUUAGCAUGGUGGAGUAUGUGUUGAGCUCAUCUCCUGGAGAUUCCUGCCUAAGGAAAGGAGGAUUUGGGCCAAGGGAUGCAGAGAGUGAUGAGAAUGACAAAGGAGAUAAGAAGAACAAGGGCACAUUUGAUGGCGAUAAAUUAGGAGAUCUGAAGGAGGAGGGGGAUGUGAUGGAUAAAACCAAUGGUUUGCCUGUGCAGAAUGGGAUCGACGCAGAUGUCAAAGACUUCAGCCGCACGCCCGGGAAUUGCCAGAACUCUGCUAGUGAGGUCGAUCUGCUCGGCCCAAACCAGAACGGAUCAGAGGGCUUAGCCCAGCUGGCAAGUACUAACGGUGCCAAGCCGGUGGAGGACUUCUCCAAUAUCGAGUCCCAGAGUGUCCCUCUGGAUCCCAUGGAGCACGUUGGCAUGGAGCCUCUUCAGUUUGAUUAUUCGGGCACCCAAGUUCCUGUGGACUCGGCCGCAGCCACCGUGGGGCUCUUUGACUACAAUUCCCAACAGCAGUUGUUCCAAAGACCGAAUGCACUUGCUGUUCAGCAGCUGACAGCAGCGCAGCAGCAGCAGUACGCCUUGGCAGCUGCCCAUCAGCCUCACAUAGGUAUGUUUUCAGCAGGUUUAGCUCCUGCUGCCUUUGUCCCCAACCCGUACAUCAUCAGCGCCGCGCCGCCGGGAACCGACCCCUACGCUGCCGGACUUGCAGCCGCUGCCACGUUAGGCCCAGCAGUUGUUCCUCACCAGUACUAUGGAGUUACUCCCUGGGGAGUGUAUCCUGCCAGCCUCUUCCAGCAGCAAGCAGCCGCUGCCGCUGCUGCCACCAACUCAGCCAGCCAGCAGACAACCCAGCAAACCCAGCAGGGCCAGCAGCAGGUUCUCCGUGGAGGAGCCAGUCAGCGCCCACUGACCCCCAACCAGAACCAGCAGGGACAGCAGACUGACCCACUGGUGGCUGCUGCAGCUGUCAACUCUGCCCUUGCCUUUGGGCAGGGGCUGGCAGCAGGGAUGCCAGGUUACCCAGUGCUGGCUCCUGCUGCUUACUAUGACCAAACGGGUGCUCUGGUGGUGAAUGCAGGGGCCAGGAACGGUCUGGGGGCCCCUGUCCGCCUGGUGGCCCCCGCUCCUGUCAUCAUCAGCUCCUCUGCAGCUCAAGCAGCGGUUGCAGCGGCUGCAGCUUCAGCCAACGGGGCAGCGGGCGGCCUGGCAGGAACCACAAACGGACCAUUCCGCCCUCUGGGAACUCAGCAGCCCCAACCCCAGCCCCAGCAGCAGCCCACCAACAACCUGGCAUCCAGCUCCUUCUAUGGCAACAACUCGCUGAGCAGCAAUUCCCAGAGCAGCUCGCUCUUUUCUCAGGGCUCUGCCCAACCUGCCAACACUUCCCUGGGCUUCGGCAGCAGCAGCUCUCUUGGUGCCACACUGGGCUCUGCGCUGGGAGGGUUUGGGACAGCAGUUGCUAACUCCAACACGGGCAGUGGCUCCCGCCGAGACUCCCUUACAGGGAGCAGUGACCUGUACAAGAGGACAUCCAGCAGUUUGACACCUAUAGGACACAGUUUUUAUAAUGGCCUUGGGUUUUCCUCCUCUCCUGGACCUGUGGGAAUGCCUCUGCCCAGCCAAGGACCUGGCCACUCGCAGACUCCGCCACCUUCCUUAUCCUCACAUGGAUCAUCUUCAAGUUUAAACCUGGGAGGGCUCACAAACGGCAGCGGCCGCUACAUCUCAGCUGCUCCUGGAGCUGAAGCCAAGUACCGCAGCGCCAGCAGUGCCUCCAGCCUCUUCAGCCCCAGCAGCACGCUCUUCCCUUCCUCCCGCCUGCGCUAUGGGAUGUCAGAUGUGAUGCCCUCCGGCCGGAGCAGGCUCCUUGAGGACUUCCGCAAUAACCGCUACCCCAACUUACAGCUGAGGGAGAUCGCCGGGCACAUCAUGGAGUUCUCCCAGGAUCAGCACGGAUCCAGGUUUAUUCAGCUGAAACUGGAGCGUGCAACCCCAGCAGAACGUCAGCUCGUGUUCAAUGAGAUCCUCCAGGCAGCCUAUCAGUUGAUGGUCGAUGUGUUUGGGAAUUACGUCAUCCAGAAGUUCUUUGAAUUUGGCAGCCUGGAACAGAAGUUAGCUUUGGCAGAACGUAUCCGUGGGCAUGUUCUGUCCCUGGCUCUGCAGAUGUACGGCUGUAGGGUGAUCCAGAAGGCCCUGGAGUUUAUUCCCCCAGACCAGCAGGUAAUUAACGAGAUGGUUCGGGAGCUGGAUGGCCACGUCCUCAAGUGUGUGAAGGACCAGAACGGUAAUCACGUGGUGCAGAAGUGUAUUGAGUGUGUGCAGCCUCAGUCCCUGCAGUUCAUCAUCGAUGCCUUUAAGGGACAGGUUUUUGCCUUGUCGACACAUCCAUAUGGCUGCCGUGUGAUCCAGAGGAUCCUCGAGCACUGUCUUCCUGAGCAGACCCUUCCCAUCCUGGAGGAACUUCACCAACACACCGAGCAGCUUGUUCAGGAUCAGUAUGGGAACUAUGUUAUCCAGCAUGUACUAGAACAUGGUCGGCCCGAGGAUAAGAGCAAGAUUGUAGCAGAAAUUAGAGGCAACGUGCUGGUGUUGAGUCAACAUAAAUUUGCUAGCAACGUGGUGGAGAAGUGCGUCACUCACGCCUCCCGCACGGAGCGUGCCAUGUUGAUCGAUGAGGUGUGCACUAUGAACGACGGCCCUCACAGUGCCUUAUACACCAUGAUGAAAGAUCAGUACGCCAACUACGUGGUGCAGAAGAUGAUUGAUGUGGCAGAGCCAGCUCAGCGGAAGAUUGUCAUGCACAAGAUCCGGCCUCACAUCGCCACCCUGCGCAAGUACACCUAUGGCAAACACAUCCUGGCCAAGCUGGAGAAAUACUACAUGAAGAACGGGGUGGACCUGGGGCCUAUUUGUGGUCCCCCAAAUGGCAUCAUCUGAGGUGGCGCAUCGGGGAGCAGCACCCUGGGCCCCGCCAGCCAGCAACCGCCACGAUUCCAGUCCACAGGCAGAAAAGGUUUAAAAUGGUUGCUACAAGAAAAAAAAAAAAAAACAACAAAAAACCAGAGAAGAAAAAAAAAACACAAAAAAAAAAUGAAAAGCCUUUGUAAAUUUCUUUAAUUUUAUUAUGCAUAACAUGUACUAAUUAUUUUUUUUAAUUAACUAAUUGCCCUGCUGUUUUACCGGUGUAUAGAAUACUUGUACAUAGGGAUCCAAUGUACAUGGAAGGCCACGUUUUUGUUCACUGUUGUAUCUAUAUUCCAAUUGUGGAAACUUUCAGGGUGGUUGGUUUGAAGAAAAACAAGAGAAAAAAGAAACAAAACCCCAGGUUUUAAUUGACCUGCCCUUGAGCAAAUCCCUCUUGGGUUGGUUUCCUUCUCUUUUUAGUCCAAACUUGAGCCGACACAGAAAAGGUUGAAUCUUAGUCCAAGGGCGCCUUGGACGCCGUUGAUAAACGUGUGGAAAGAAAUCAACUCGCUGCAGUUUUAAACAAAGAAUGAAGUUUUUGAAACUUUUUAAUUGCUUUUUUUUUUUGUUGUUGUUGUUAUUUUUGGUUGGUUUUUUUCCUCUUCUUUUGUGGAGUAGAACAUGCCGAAGGAGGGGAGUUUAGCUGGUGGCCGGGGGGACAAGGCGAUGCGCGCCCCACCAGGUUUUAACGCAAGGGCGGGUGUACCUGGUCCUGUUAACGGUGAGAGACACCAUUUGAUUACUUAGCAUGAGGAAAACAAAAUCCAACUCAGCUUUGGUCUUGCUUCUAUAAAUAUAUAGUGUAUACUUGGUGUAGACUUUACAUAUAUAAAAAUUUGUAGUAUUUUCUUGUUUUGAUGUCUGAUCUGUAUCUAUAAUGUACCCUAGUAGUGGAACAUACUUCUGACUGUACAAUUGUACAUUUGUAAACCUCUGUAAUGUAAAUGUGGAGAAGUUUGACUCGACAUCGAACCCGUUUUUUGGUAAGAAAACAAGAAAACAAAAAGAGAAUUAGCCAAACCUGUGCAUUUCAGUGUAUAUUCACACCUUUUAUGGUCGUAGCAUAUAGUGUUGUAUAUUGUAAAUUGUAAUUUCAACCAGAAGUAAAUUUUUUUUUCUUUGGAAGGAAAUGUUCUCUUUAUACAGCCUAGUUCAUGUGGACAAGCAAAAAGAGUAACAAGAGAUGCUUGGUUUUCUUUGUCACCUCGUUGGACAGUAGCGACCCUUUCUAAAUGUUCUACACCCCCCCCUCUGAUUCAGUUCCAAAUAGUGGUUUUUUUGACUCUUACAAAGUAAUGGUUUUUGCUUCUUUUUGUGACAGUACGAAACAAGAAGUGCAGAAGUUCCGGCUCCCCCUGGUUUUUUCCUUACAAUCAGAGCCCCUUUUCACCUUGUAAAGUGUGAAUCACCUCCCCUUUUUGUACAGAAGAUGAACUGUAUUUUGCAUUUUGUCUACUUGUAAGUGAAUGUAACAUACUGUCAAUUUUCCUUGUUUGAAUAUAGACUUGUAACACUACACGGUGUACAUUUACAGAGCCUUGUGUAUAUUUCCAAUGAAACUUUUUUGCAAGCACACUUGUAACCAUAUGUGUAUAAUUAACAAACCUGUGUAUGCUUAUGCCUGGGCGCCUAUUUUUUGUAACUCUUGUGUAGAUUGUCUCUAAACAACGUGUGAUCUUUAUUUUGAAAAAUACAGAACUUUGGAAUCUGG